AUGCUGCCCGCGCAGCAGUUACCUCCCAUCAGCCCGUGGCCUCCCGACGGCAACCUACUCGACAGGAUGGACGACUUGGCGCACAAAGGUCACAGCGGUGUUAACCAGCUCGGCGGGGUGUUUGUAGGAGGAAGGCCGCUGCCAGACUCCACGCGCCAGAAGAUCGUGGAGCUGGCGCACUCGGGCGCGCGGCCCUGCGACAUCAGCCGCAUCCUGCAGGUCUCCAACGGCUGCGUCUCCAAGAUACUCGGCAGGUAUUACGAGACAGGGUCUAUCAGGCCUCGUGCGAUUGGGGGCUCGAAGCCCCGGGUCGCAACAGCUGAGGUGGUUAGCAAGAUAGCCCAGUACAAGAGGGAGUGCCCCUCAAUCUUCGCGUGGGAGAUCAGGGAUCGUCUGCUGAGCGAAGGAGUUUGCACCUCGGAUAAUAUUCCUAGUGUAUCAUCAAUAAACCGGGUUCUCCGCAACUUAGCAGCUCAGAAGGAGAAAGCUAAUAACCAGCAGCCGUCUCCAGAAUGUUCAACGCCGGUGUACGAGCGCCUGCGACUGCUGGGAGCCCCGGGUGCAACGCCAGCGUGGCCCCGGGCCCCGUGGCCAGCGCAGAUCGAUGCUAGGACCCCGCCAUACCAACUCCAUAGCCUAAGUCCGGGCCCACAAGCCAUCAGCUGCAAUGGCGGCGAUAUGACGGCGAUGAAAAAAAAUGAGGAGCCCCUAGAAGGCCUGGAAGGUCUACAUUCAGAUGAAACGGGAUCUGGAGAUAAUUCUAACGCAGGCUCCAGCGGUGCAGACGAUGACGCCGCUCGGCUGCGGCUCAAGCGAAAACUGCAGCGGAAUCGAACCAGCUUCACCAAUGAACAGAUUGAUAGCUUGGAGAGAGAAUUCGAAAGAACUCACUACCCCGACGUGUUUGCUCGCGAGCGACUGGCUGCGAAGAUAGGACUACCUGAAGCAAGAAUACAGGUGUGGUUCUCGAAUCGGCGCGCGAAGUGGCGGCGCGAGGAGAAGAUCAGGUCGCAGCGCCGCAGCCCCGAGUGCGGGUACAGUGGAACCGCGCCCCAUGCGCCGGCGCAUCCCACGCAUCACCCGCCGCCUGCGCAUCCUGCCCACCCUGCGCAUCCCACACACCAACCGUAUCAACCGCCGCUGAAUGUUGAUAGUUACAGUCCCCUAACUCCAAUGGGCUACGGCGGCGGUAUGGUGCCUGAGACCCCAGUGUGCGAUACGACCGAGGCGGAGCUGUGUAAGAGUGGGUUUCUGGGGUACCCGCGCUACGAGCUGGGGUACCGGCAGCCGCCGCACCCGUAUGUCAACCAUCAUGGCUACCAGCAUGAACCGGCGUCGCCUCCACCAGAAUUAGGUGGUCUUUUAGGUACUGGAGUGUCAGUGCCUCUCGCUGUGCCCGGGCAAGACUCACAGCAGUACUGGUCACGGCUCCAGUGA